GGGAUUCACAAUAAUUGGUGGAAAAAAACGAAUUUUCCACCUCAGGUGGAAAGAAUUUAUUCUCAUCUACCACACAGAAUAUUGUCUAUAUAAGUAAACCACACGAAAAUCUUUUCCUUUGUCCAUAAAACAAAGAGAACAGAGGCCUUUCAACAACCGAGAGAUAGAGUUCUUUAGGGCGGGAGAGAGAACCCAAAAUGUCGGAGGAAGAGGGACAAACCCACCACCACCGCCUCGACCACCACAAUGGGAAGGAGUACGUGGACCCGCCAUCAGCACCGCUCAUAGGCAUGGCGGAGCUGAAGUUAUGGUCUUUCUACAGAGCUCUCAUAGUCGAGUUCGUCGCCACACUCCUCUUCCUUUACGUCACCGUCGCCACCGUCAUUGGACACAAGAAGCAAACUGACCCUUGCGACGGCGUUGGACUGCUCGGCAUCGCCUGGUCCUUCGGUGGCAUGAUCUUCGUCCUCGUCUACUGCACCGCCGGCAUCUCCGGCGGCCAUAUAAAUCCAGCGGUGACGCUCGGGCUGCUUCUUGCAAGGAAGGUGUCACUGAUCCGGACCGUGGCAUACAUGGUAGCACAGUGCUUGGGGGCAAUUUCUGGAGUUGGGUUAGUGAAAGCGUUUAUGAAGCACGACUACAAUGCUCUUGGUGGUGGUGCCAACUCUGUUGCUCCUGGGUAUGACAAAGCCACUGCACUUGGUGCCGAGAUUGUCGGCACUUUCAUGCUCGUCUACACUGUUUUCUUAGCCACCGACCCCAAGAGGAGCGCACGCGACUCUCACGUGCCGGUUUUGGCUCCUUUGCCUAUUGGGUUUGCUGUGUUUGUGGUUCAUUUGGCCACUAUUCCUAUUACUGGGACUGGAAUUAACCCGGCUAGGAGCUUUGGUGCUGCCGUUAUCUACAACCAUGAGAAAGUCUGGGAUGACCAAUGGAUUUUCUGGGUUGGGCCAUUUGUGGGGUCUUUGGCAGCAGCGGCAUACCACGAGUAUAUUCUGAGAGCUGCGGCUUUUAAGGCUUUGGGAUCUUUCCGCAGAAACCCAACCAACUGGUGUUAGGUGUUAGCUUAAUUUGGUCGUGAAUCUAUUUGUGUCAAACAGUACUCAAUGGUGUUUGUUGACGUCAAUGAGCAAUGGACUACAUUUGAAUA